AUGCGCGCGGACGCGGGCUGGCUCGCGGACGCGCCGGCGCCGGGCGUCACCCUCGAGGGCUCCGCGGUGGUCGUCAAGGAGUGCCUCGACUGGGGCGGGCUCAACGACAAGCUCGCGAUCGUCCCCCGGAAAUACGCCGCGCCGUGGAUGCGGCUCCUCGAGGCGUACUACGACGACGUCGCGGCGGACUACAAGAACAGCGAGCAGUUCCAGCUGCGCCUCGCCCACGCCUUCCACGUGCCCGUCCGCAAGGAGCCGACCGCGCUCGCGAUGCAGGACUUCUACUUCUGGCUCCCGGACGCGAGGGGCCGGCCGGGCUGCUUCCCCUGGAACUACGCGGGCCUCAAGCCCAACGGCCACUGCCUCUGCGUCGCCGACCGCGAGUGCGCCGCCGUCGGGGACCGCCUCUGCGCGGGGCAGCGGCCCCUGGGCAACGACGCGAGGCCCGGGGCGUAA